AUGUCGAAAUACAUCCCUCAACGCCUGCUCCUUAACAGAAUGUCAGACUCAGACAGCACUUCGUCGUCACCGCUCUGGCAGAUGGGGAAGGGGAGACUCCUGAGACCCAACGGGAGGGGAGGUGACCCCCGUGACCCCAUGGUCUGCACCCCCAACGCCCUACAUCAUCUGUUGUCCGGUCCCUCCCAUAAAUCCGUCCGCUCACGAACGGAAAUCCACGACGCCAUCGCCGUUGCUGCCAUCACGGCAAAAGGACACUAUGACAACAGACACAAGCCGAUCUUCUUCAACGUCAACGACAAGGUCCUGUUGCGCCUACAUAAGGGAUACAAUAUCCCAUCUGCCGCUAUUCUAGGCCGCAAACUAGGACAACAAUACGCCGGACCCUUCCGCGUCAUCGAACAAAGUUCAUACUUUCGAGAGAGUAGCCGAGGAGUUCUCUCGCCUGCAAUAUAA